AUGGCGCGAAUUAAGGAAUGGGUCGAGAAGCUGGAGGUGCCAUCCGAGCCCGGAUUGACGAACGCCCAGAUGAUGUUGACGAACCAUGACUUGCGGCCAGUUGACCCGGAGCGUCGUCAAUGGAAAUGGUUCAACUUUAUUGCUUUCUGGAUUGCAGACUCUCUGAAUAUUAACACUUGGAUGAUCUCGUCCUCGAUGAUUGUGGAUGGUCUGUCUUGGUGGCAGUCAUGGAUUUGUGUCUGGGUCGGAUACUUCAUUGCCGCCUGUUUUGUAUGUAUGACGGGUCGCAUCGGCGCCGUGUAUCACAUCUCGUUUCCUGUCGUGUGUAGAUCCACGUUUGGAAUUUGGGGUUCGCUCUGGCCCGUUUUCAAUCGAGCUGCAAUGGCGGUGAUAUGGUAUGGUGUGCAGGGUUUCAUCGGAGGUCAGUGUGUGACAUUGAUGAUCAGCUCAAUUUGGCCCAGUUACAACCGCCUACCCAACACUAUCCCCGCCAGCUCGGGCGUCACGACGAAGGACUUUGUAAGCUUUUUUCUCUUUUGGCUACUCUCACUGCCGGCCCUUUGGUUUCCCGUCCACAAAAUCCGGCAUCUCUUUACCGUCAAGGCGAUCUAUUCGCCGAUUGCCGCCAUCGCGUUCUUCGCCUGGUCGAUCUCACGCGCCAAAGGGAUCGGCCCCAUCGUUCAUCAACCGCAUACCGUACACGGUAGUGCGCUGGCUUGGGCGGUGGUGAAGGCGAUCAUGAGCUGCUUGGGCAAUUUUGCUACGCUCAUUGUGAACGAUCCGGAUUUUUCAAGAUUUGCCCGGAAGCCAAAGGAUGCACUGUGGUCGCAACUUCUUACCAUCCCCAUCGGCUUUGGAAUUACCUCCUUCAUCGGUAUCAUUGCGUCCUCAUCCUCGGCGGUGAUCUUUGGUGGAGAGAUGGUGUGGAACCCUCUGGACCUGUUGGGAAAGUUCCUGGACGGUGCCAGCUCGGCUGAAAGGUUUGGAAUCUUUGUGAUCUCCACUGGGUUUGCUUUAGCUCAGUUGGGAACGAACAUUUCGGCGAACUCAGUUUCCGCUGGUACGGAUCUGACGGCAUUGGUUCCUCGCUAUCUUACGAUCCGGCGCGGAAGCUAUAUUUGCGCUGCUGUUGGCUUGGCUAUGUGUCCGUGGAAUCUCGUGUCAUCAUCCAACAACUUCACAACAUACCUCUCGGCUUACUCAAUUUUUCUGUCGUCCAUCGCCGGUCCAAUGCUGUGUGAUUAUUACAUCGUCCGCAAGGGUUAUCUGCGGGUCAACGAUCUAUACAGUGCUCGGAGAGACUCUCCAUACCGAUUUAUCUACGGCUUCUCCUGGCAGGCAUAUGCCUCGUAUCUCGCGGGAAUUCUCGUCAACAUUGUGGGUUUCGCCGGUGCCGUUGGACGUAAGGUGCCCGUGGGUGCCCAGUACAUAUAUAACGUCAAUUACUUCUCGGGAGUCGUUGUGUCUGCCCUCAUGUACUACAUCCUGACUCGGUUCUUCCCCGUUCCCGCGACGAGCUCCACGUGGUGUGAAGUCGAUCAGGAUGUAGACAGCCUUGCGGGUGAAGAAAUUGAACCGUAUGAUGUACCUGAGCCAACGAAAGCAGAUCAUCUGAAUUACGGAACGCUCCAGGAGUCAAAAGCACCGAAGGCUGGGUCAUCGGCUGUUUUAUGA